AUGUAUUCUCAGUACUGGAACACGGCUCGGGGACACAGACCGGACUACAGGAGAUACACAGUGGUGGAGGGAGACACUCCUCUUCCUCUGGGCUCAGCCAGUCGCAGGAAGCGCCUUCGUUCUGCAGGAGAGGAUGACGAGGAGGCGAGGAGCUGCGCAUCCCGCCCGAACCCGGAAGGCUCGCUGUCAGCCAGCGAACUGAGCCGCUACGGCAAGCCGGAGGUGAAGGAGGUGGAGGGGCUGCAGAGGCUGUGUCAGCGCUGCCACAUCGUGACGUCACAGCUGAACAGACAAGCUGCAGCUGUGGCCGACAGCACGGACCUGAAGGACCCGGCCUACGCUUCCUUCCUCUUCGAUAAGCUCCAGCGCCUCCAGUGGCCUCGCCGUGGCCGCCACGCUUCGGUCGACGCCCGCUGUGACGUCUGCGACGCCUCCUUCUACCAGCUGAGACGCCUCGCCCUGCGGCGCGCUCUGGGCAUCAGCAGGGAGAUGACGCCUCGCCCCACCACCCCCGGCCUACCGCCUCCCACCACCUCCACCGCCCGCCCGGCCUCGGAGAGCAGCUGGGGGGGCGACGAGCUGCCGUUGAAGCAGCAGAGAUGGUCGUAUGAGGAGCGGAGCGGGGGCGGGGCUCUGUGGGGAUGGGGCGGAGUUCAGAGCACCUACCUGGGAGGAGGUGGGGCCAAGGGGCUGGCCACAGUCACGCCGCUCCCCCUGAACGCACAGCACUACCUGGAGGGGGUGUGGAGAGUCUCCUCCUGCAGACCCGAACACCAACAACACACCACGGGUUUGCCUUCAGAUGGAGUUUAUGUGACCAUGAAGAGAUCAGCUCAGGACAUGAAACCAGCCUCUCACAGCAUCGCCACCCAAACCAGCCAACCGCCAUCAGCUGCAGCCGCCUUCUUCGUCAGGGCGGCUCAGAAGCUCAGUCUGUCCCGCAGGAAGAAGUCCCAGCCGGGCCCCGGCUCCCCGCCCGGCGAGGCCUCGGGGCCCCUGCUCUACACCGGGGGCUUCAGCGGGGCCCUGCAGCUCUCCCCACCCGCCGUCCCGCCAUGCCUCCUCCGGGCUGGGUCAAAGGUCAAGGACAAGCCGGGAACGGGGAAGGUCCGAGUGAUGGUCCGGAUCUGUUCGGUCCACAGCAGCGAGUCCUCGGAGUCCAUGUCCCUCCUGAAGGUGGACGGCAGGAGGAAGCAGCUGACUCUCUGCGAGACGUCAGCUGGCGGACUGUCCGCCGCCCAGAGACGCUCCUCCUCCUCGUCUCCGAAGACCUUCAUGUUCGACGCCGUCUUCCUCCAGGACGCUUCACAGGCUGAGGUGUGUUCAGGGACGGUGGCUGAGGUCAUCCAGUCGGUGGUGAACGGAGCAGACGGCUGCAUCUUCUGCUUCGGACACGCUAACCUGGGUAAGACGUACACCAUGAUUGGUCGGGACUGCUCCACCCAGAGUCUGGGCGUGGCCCCCACAGCCGUCUCCUGGCUCUUCAAGGUGAUCGAGGAGCGCAGGGAGAAGUCUGGGGCUCGUUUCUCGGUCAGAGUCUCUGCGGUGGAGAUCUCCGGUCGGGAGGAGACGCUCACCGACCUCCUGGCUGAGCUCUCCACCUCCUCCUCAGCGGGGGCCCACCAGGAGGCCCCGGGCUCCGCGGUAUCACUGCGAGAAGACCCCCUCUGUGGAUCCCAGCUGCAGAACCAGACGGAGCUGCGAGCGACGAGCGCGGAGCGAGCAGCGUUUUUCCUGGACGCCGCCUUGGCAGCGAGGAGGAGCAGCCGGGCGCCGAACGAGCAGGAGGCCCGGAGGAACUCGCACUUCCUGUUCACCCUGCACCUUUACCAGGAGAGGCUGGACAAGAGCAACAAGGCGGCAAUGUCCGGUCGGAGUCGUCUCCACCUCCUGGAUUUGGGGAGCUGUGAGACGGACAUCAGCAGGACCAGGGAGGGAGGUGGAGGUCAGUGUCUGUCUCUGUCGGCGCUGGGAAACGUCAUCCUCGCCCUCGCUAACGGAGCCAAGCACGUUCCCUACAGGGACAGUAAGCUAACCAUGCUGCUGAGUGAAUCCCUGGGAAACAUCAACUGUCAAACCACCAUGAUCGCUCACAUCUCCGACUCCCCGGUGAACUACAUGGAGACGCUGACCACAGUGCAGCUGGCCUCCCGCAUCCACCGCAUGAGGAAGAAGAAGUCCAAGCAUGCCUCCAGCUCGUCUGGAGGGGAGAGUUCCUGCGAAGAAGGCCCGUCCCAUCGACCUCCUCAUCUGCGACCCUUCCACCCUCGGACCGUGGCGCUCGACCCAGACACGUCCCUGCUGCUGUCCAGCGAUCCUGACUAUUCCUCUAGCAGCGAGCACUCCUGUGACACCGUCAUCUAUAUCGGGCCUGGAGGGACAGCCAUCUCGGAUCGAGAACUGAGCGACAAUGAGGGACCGCCUUCCUUCGUUCCUAUCAUCCCUUCUCUGAACAAAAAGAGGGUCAAAGAUGCGCCCAGGUCUGAUGGUGAUCACUUUAAAUGCAACACAUUUGCAGAGCUACAGGAGAGACUCGACUGCAUCGAUGGCAGCGAGGGCCCACCUAUGUUUGGCCCCGAGGGCAAAGCAACACAAGCAACAGCAUUCAGGACUCAGACAGGAGCUACUAAAUCCACAGAGGCAACAUCUCCACCCAAAUCUCAUAAGAACUCCUCCUACGGGUCCUCAGAAAGCACACCAACCACAUGCACAAAUAAAACUGUUCAGGAACUAUUUAAACUCCCUGCAGCCGGUGGCCUCAUGGAAACGACCAAACGGACCAGUGCAGAUGGGGAUAAACUUUCAGCUACUCCCUUUCAGCCAUGUGUGGUGAAGUCCACUGGGACAUUUUCCCAGGACUCAGAGCUUGUGGUGCGAGAGAAGAUCUACCUCAAAGAAGGUGUACCCAAGCCAUCGGCCUCACCAUCCUUAUCCAAGACAUCCAGGGUAGCAUCUCAGCCUGGGGAGGUUGCCAGUAGGACUCCCCCUGUGGGUAUGAGUCAACAAGCACUGAGGCAAGACCAAGCAGCAGGGUCCCCCAACACAGAAAGGGUUCCUCAUACAAGCAGAUGCCCCACAGAUGUCAACCAUCCUCAGACAUCUCUGUUCGGAAGAUGCCUCGACAGAGAUUUCCUGAGGACGACUGUCACACUGCAGCAGCCUGUGGAGCUGAACGGGGAGGACGAGCUUGUGUUCACAGUCAUCGAGGAGCUCCCUCAUGGCCUUGUCCCAGACAACGGUCGCCCCACCAACCUGCUUAGCUUCAACAAUGACUGCUCUCUGCAGGCGUUAGCCUCUGGCUCUCGCCCUGUAAGUAUCAUCAGCAGUAUUAACGAUGAGUAUGAUGCUUACACAUCUCAACCAGGAGCUGCGGGACCUGGUGCCGAUAUGAACACAGACUGCCAGGAAAUGCUGUUUUCCCAACAUGGCAGCAAGCAGUCAGCUGUUGGAUCACAGCCAAGUGCAGCGAAUGCUGAUUCAACUGAAAGUGGAGGAACUCAUUCAACAAGCAGGCUUUACUUGAGGGAUGACAACAUGGCAACAGAGAAUGCAUCCACGCCAACCUCACCAAGUGUAUUUCUGAAACAGCCAUUUUUGCAGCAUGGCACCAAGAGCUCCCUGAGUGAUAGCGGAUGUUUCUCAGAGCUGGACAGUAACCAUGCUACUCCAAACAAAGCUUCUUUUACCAAGUGUCCUCCCUCCCCUGACUCAACCAAAGCCUCUCUCAAAGGCUCUCUCAAGAUGAGAGCCAGUACUCUAAACACUUCAUUGUCUGCCCAGAUUCACCAUCAUACUGCCCAUUCCAGUCUUCCCAGGAAACCCAAGCCUACCUCAUCUGUAACUGUGGGCUGCAGCAGACAGGAAGGCAGACAUGAUGACUUUUUGCUUCAGGGAAGCAGUGACUUUGAUCCCAGAGAGUUUGAGUUUCUCUCUGCAGGUAAGCCACCAAGAAGUGGCAUGAGCAGCGUCUCUCCUAGGAGGCCCGGAGGUAACAGUAACAGUGUACCUCGACCACCAAAGGCACAAAUGUCAUCUUCAGCUCAAAGGGUUGUGGACGGUUGUGAGAGGUCGAGUAGCAGGAGAGGAGACAUUGCCAUCAAGCUGCCAAGACUCACCCGAGGUGCAACGACUCUAGGAACUGUUUCUAUUCCCCAGAGUUCUGAAUCAAAAUGGGGUCAUGAGGGGACUUCAGUGACAGGUACCGUGAGGUUUUCAUCCUUAGGAAAAAAGUCAAAUGGGCAGAAAAGCAUUGUGAUCUCCAAGUCUGGAAACAUCUCUGCUCUUGCUCCACUUAUCAGACAGUCAAGCCAAGAACAAAAGACAAGGACUGCACUGUCUCCAAGUGCCUUAAAAACAAGCAGCGACACUGGAAAGUCCAUAAUCCCUAAAGCAUCAACCUCAGAGGAAGAACUCAUCAGGCUGCGGGCAGAUUCAUUCAGUCACAGGACAUCGAGUGUAAAAACUGAGCACGUCUCUGCCAGGACAUCUUCAAGCCUGAAGACACGUGGGGCCAAAGCAGAGUCUUCCAGGAACUACGGGAGUCUGAUGUCUCUAGAAAGAUGUGACAGUCCAACCCUCGCUGGGUCCAAGCCUGAACCGUUCAGGGAGAACAGUGGUGCUACUUUAGGAGGUAACUGCAGAUCCAACCGAUCAGUGCCAAGGCUCGGGGUUCCAGCCUCCACCUCCACACCUGCUUCUUCUUCCCAAGUUUCUCUUGGUGUCUUUGCAACUCCAGUCAAGGCACUGGGGCAGGUCAAAGGCAACAGCAGCUCACGAUCAGCAGUUUCUGGUGGACCAAAGGUUCGCACCAUGUCUACCAGUAGUUCCAAGAGCCUGAGUUCCUCCCCCAAAGCUCUUGAUACUAUAGCUGGAAGAAACAGCAGCCUACCUCCAACUGGUAAGUCCCUAGCUCGGUCAGGGACGGGAGCCAAGAUGGGAAGAGGCACCAUCAUGGGCACAAAGCAGGCCAUUAGCAGGGCAGCCAACAGCCGGGUUAGCGAGCUAGCUACUGGGAGCCAGAGGAAGCAGCUCAGCAGGGGGCCCGGGGUACCAGGAAAUGAUGGCACUGACAGUGGGACUAGUAGUGUCAGUGGGUCGCCAAUCAACACGCCGCUCCCGUCACCUUACAGCAAGAUCACGGCGCCUCGGAGGCCGCAGCGCUACAGCAGCGGCCACGGCAGUGACAACAGCAGCAUCCUCAGUGGGGAACUGCCCCCCGCCAUGGGCCGCACCGCCUUGUUUUAUCACAGCGGUGGAAGCAGCGGCUAUGAGAGCAUGAUGCGAGACAGCGAGACCACCGGCAGCACCUCAUCAGCCCAUGACUCCAUGAGUGAGAGUGGAGUGUCCUCAUCCAAUAGGAGCAGAGUUUCUAAAUCACCCAAGAAGAGAGGAAACGGUUUCCAGCGGCGCCGUCUGAUCCCAGCUCCCCUCCCGGACACCUCCUGCCUGGGCAGGAAGGUGGGGGGUCAGUGGGUGGACCUGCCACCUUUAGGCGGCACCCUGAAGGAGCCCUUUGAGAUAAAGGUGUACGAGAUCGACGACGUGGAGCGCCUGCAGAGGAGGAGGGAGGCGGCGACGGGGUCGGAGCCGUUUCAUGAUGUUGAAAAGGGGCUGCUCUACUUCAACGCCCGGCUGAGGAUGCUGGAGAAGAGGCAGCAGCAGAUCAGAGAGCUGAAGAGCAAACACGAGAGGCUGAAGGUGGAGCUGGAGGAGGCCAAGAGCCGGCUGAUGCUGGACCCGAGCAAAUGGAGCGGAGAGUUUGACAUGGACCAAGACCUGGACCGGGAGUCCCAGGAGUACCUGGAGGCUCUGGCUCAGGCCACAGUGGAACUGGAGUACUGCGUCAACCUCUGCAAGUCCCGCGUCAUGAUGGAGACCUGCUUCGACAUUGCGGUGAGACCACCACCAGGUGAGUUCACCACCAGGGGUCGUGACCAGGUGAGUCGACCACCAGGUGACGUGACCAGACUCGCCUGGUCACGUCCCCUGGUGGUGGAGUCACUUGGUGGUGGACUCACCUGGUCAGGUCACCUGGUGGUCGACUCACCUGGUGGUGGAAUCACCUGGUCACGUCCCCUGGUGGUGGAGUCACCUGGUGGUGGACUCACCCAGUGGUGGACUCACCUGGUCACGUCACCUGGUGGUCGACUCACCUGGUGGUGGUCUCACCUGAUGGUGGACUCACCUGGUCACGUCACCUGGUGGUUGACUCACCUGGUGAACAGCAGAAAUGACUGCUGGAGAAGCAGCGGCGAUGAACGCAACGAACACGACGAACACGACGAGCGCGACGAACACGACGAACGCGACGAACACGACGAACACGACGAACACGACGAACGCGACGAGCGCGACGAACACGACGAAUACAAUGGGCAUGACAAAUGCGACGAACACGACGAGCACGACGAACGCGACGAACGCGACGAACACGACAAACACGACGGGCGCGACGAACACGACGAACACGACGAACGCGACGAGCGCGACGAACACGACGAAUACAAUGGGCAUGACAAAUGCGACGAACACAACGAGCACGACGAACACGACGAACGCGACGAACACGACAAACACGACGGGCGCGACGAACACGACGAGCGCGACGAACACGACGAAUACAAUGGGCAUGACGAAUGCGACGAACACGACAAACUUGACAUGGACCAAGACCUGGACCGGGAGUCCCUGGAGACUCUGGCUCAGGAAGGUGAGUCCUGUGGAGACCUGAUCACUGAGUCCACCUGCAGGUUCACCUUGUGUCCUGACUUCAGUCUGCUGAUCAGAGACCAGACUGGGUUUCUGGGCUCCACAGAGACUAGCGUGGGCUCGGCUGCUGAGACUCUGCAGAGGAGCCGUCGGCGGUUUCUGCAGAGCGAGGCCGACUCCAUAAACGGGACCGGCUCUGCCGAGCUUCCUGCUUCACGUCUCAGCAGGAGAAACGAUCCUCCUGCAGGAAUAACACGUCUGUGA